UGGCGGACAGAAGCUUCUACUUCACUACAGCACGAGCGCUCGAGAGAGAAAGUCACUCCCAGAGACGCCACCGGCGGACUGGGACUAUCAAAGCGCUGUCAUAAAUAAGUGACCUGUUUUGGGAAAGAGGAGGUUACUUUUAGUUCCUUUAUGUUGCACGGUUUACUUUGAAAGGUGUGAUAUGUUGUAUCGGGCAAUCGUGGGCUGCGAUAGACCGGACAGGAUUUAGAAAGAGCGCAACUAUAAACGCAUGAGGCUCCGUAACUUAGUGACUGAAAUAACAAAAGCUCCCAAGAAGACGCUUCCCGACCACAGGACUUUAUUAUAGGCCGGUUUUGGAUAUUUGCUCCGCCAGCAUGAAGUUUGCGGAGCACCUGUCCGCCCAUAUUACUCCGGAAUGGAGGAAACAAUAUAUCCAAUAUGAGGCUUUCAAGGAGAUGCUGUAUGCAGCCCAGGACCAGGCCCCUUCAAUAGAUGUCACAGAUGAAGACACUGUCAAACGCUACUAUGCCAAGUUUGAAGAGAAGUUCUUCCAGACAUGUGAAAAAGAACUCUCAAAGAUCAACACAUUCUAUUCAGAGAAACUGGCUGAAGCGCAACGGCGAUUCGCUACUUUGCAAAAUGAGCUGCAGACGUCUUUGGACGCCCAGCGGGAGAGCAACGCUCCAGGCCUGCGCAGCCGUCGUAAAACAGUGUUGCCUUUGUCCAACAAGGAACGCAACAAACAUCGUAACAUCAAGGAUCUGCAGCUGGCCUUCAGCGAGUUCUACCUCAGCCUCAUCCUCCUGCAGAACUACCAGAAUCUGAACUUCACCGGAUUCCGGAAAAUCCUAAAGAAACAUGACAAGAUUCUGGACACACAGCGUGGAGCUGACUGGCGAGUGGCCCAUGUGGAGGUGGCUCCAUUCUACACCUGCAAGAAGAUCACACAGCUCAUCUCUGAGACCGAGACUCUGGUGACCACAGAGCUGGAAGGUGGAGACCGUCAGAAGGCCAUGAAGAGACUGAGGGUUCCACCUCUUGGAGCUGCGCAGCCUGCACCUGCUUGGACCACCUUCCGUGUGGGACUGUACUGUGGGGUCUUCAUUGUUCUUGCUGUAGCCUUCGUUCUUAUUGGUGCUUUUUUCGUCCGUUAUCAGAACAUCUGGCCACUGGUACGCAUCUAUCGCGGCGGUUUCCUGCUGAUUCAAUUUAUUUUCCUGUUGGGGAUUAACACUUACGGCUGGAGGCAGGCGGGUGUCAAUCACGUGCUGAUCUUUGAGCUGAACCCUCGAAAUAACCUCUCACAUCAGCAUCUCUUUGAGAUCGCAGGAUUUUUGGGGGUGAUGUGGUGUCUCAGUAUACUCUCCUGUCUGUUUGCGGACUACACUUUACUGCCCAUGCAGGCAAAUCCCCUGAUCCUGUAUGGUUUUAUGGUCCUCUUCCUCAUUAUCCCCUUCAAAACCGCAUAUUACAAAUCACGUUUCUGGCUCAUCAAACUGUUGUUCCGUGUUUUCACCGCCCCGUUCCACCGGGUGGAGUUUGCAGACUUCUGGCUGGCUGACCAACUCAACUCGCUGGUAAUAGUUCUGUCUGAUCUGGAGUACCUGGUCUGUUACUACAGCAUGGAGCUGAAAUGGGGGGAUCGUAAUGGCUUAUUGCCCACCACAUAUGGCGAUGAGAAGUGUAACAGCUACUCUUACGGAGUUCGUGCCAUCAUCCACUGUCUGCCCGCGUGGCUGCGGUUUGUGCAGUGUCUGCGCCGUUACCGAGACACCAGGAGAGCCUUCCCUCACCUGGUGAAUGCUGGGAAAUACUCCACCACCUUCUUUGUGGUCACAUUUGCAGCCCUUUACAGAACCCACAAAGAUCAGAAACAUGCUGAUGCUGAGGUGUUUUUCUACAUGCUCAUCAUGUCUUCAGUCAUCAGUUCACUUUACACACUGAUCUGGGACCUGAAGAUGGACUGGGGCCUUUUCGACCGUAACGCUGGAGAGAACGCCUUCCUGAGAGAGGAGAUUGUUUACCCACAUAAAGCCUACUACUACUGUGCCAUAAUAGAGGACGUGAUCCUGCGCUUCGCAUGGACUCUCCAGAUCGCUCUGACCUCCAUGACCGCCAUUCCCUCCAUCGAGGACAUCAUCGUGACCAUUUUAGCUCCUCUAGAAGUGUUUAGACGUUUCGUGUGGAACUUCUUCCGUCUUGAGAACGAGCAUUUGAAUAACUGCGGUGAGUUCAGAGCAGUGCGGGACAUCUCUGUGGCUCCUCUGAACGCGGAUGACCAAACGUUGCUGGAGCAGAUGAUGGACCAGGAGGAGGGGGUUCGAAACCGGCAGGGCAAAAAGAGCUGGAAACGGAGCUACAGUCUGUCGUUACGACGACCCCUUCUGCCCUCUCAGUCUAAGAAGGACACAAAGGUGCUCAUUGACGACACUGAUGAUGAAGCCUUCAGCUGAACCCACAUCUCGCUUUCCACCAUCUCUCUCAAACUUCUAUCGGUUCCUCACAGUGCUGCCUCAACACACCUGAUCAUAUUCACACACGCACUUCACGACACCCUCCAAAGACUGAUACAAGCCGAUGUAAGCACAACAACAGCUGUGAGACAUAUCAGGACACAACGGUAACAUCCAACACACACGCACAUGUCAGGAUACACACUCAAACAGCCAAGUGUGGAGUUUUCCUCAAAAUAUCUUUUUUAUUACACUUUUAAAUUUAGUUUCUUGGUACUUUUUUGUAUGUUUGUUUAGGUUUUUAAGCUAUAUUACUGCAUAGGACUGUUUACAAACUUAAUAUAAUAAACUAGGAUCUACAGGGAGGAGAGAGAUUUUAUUUCAAAGUUGUAAUAUGGUGCACUUCACAAGUCACACACUAAAACCACAGCUCAGUUAGAAAUAACAACAACUCAGACGCUGAAAUUAUUGUAUUGCUUUUUUGCGUUUAUAAAUUAUAGCCCUGGUGGCAAUUAAACAAAUAUCUUUUAAUCAUAUUUAAUAUGCAAACAUGUUUUAUUUAACAUGCAUUGCUUUGAUAUCAAAGCUGUCAUAUUUUUACCAUGUUUGGUUUGUGUUGGAGAGAAUGGAAUGUAUUUCUUUUAUUUAAGGGAGUGGUAGCUGAUGCUAAACUUAACUGUUGCAUUCGGCUGUCCUCUUGGGAUGUAUAGACUCUCUGCCUUCUUAUGUUAAUCACUGCUAAAUGAAUACAUUUGUUGGGUAACAGAAAUGUUAGAUGAAAAUGUGAACAGAAAAGACAUACUUGCCACCCAUUUUAAAUUUCAAUAAGAACAACUGCUGAUUUAAAGGUGCGGGUAAACUGCUGAUUUUAAAAACUUGAUGCAUUUUGUUAGUGAACUAAUGUAUUUACUUGGAUUUUGUAAUGCUUAUUGAUAAUUGCUACAACCACUGCAGGCCAAAGAGAAAAUGCAAACACUGCCAGGCAAUUAUAAACCUUAUGGUUGUGAUACCAUUUUGUUUUUUGGUGAACAAUAAGAACAUUAUAUUUGGUGCAUCCAAGACUAGUUCUUGUGUGGUGAUGAAACUUUAUUAAAUGCCUAACGGCUGCAGUUUGGUUUUUUUGUUUAUACUUUCAGUGGCAGUAUGUUUUUUUAUAUUUUUAAUCAGUCAAUUUAUAGUGUACAUUGUGUGAACAGGUUUAACUUGUUACCCGUACAUAAACUGUUUUUAACUACAAAUUGCAUUUUUAUGUGAAGAGAGAUGCUACAUCCUUCUUUCAUUAAUUCAUGUCUGUUUUUUUACUUUUUAUUACUAUGUUUGAUAUAAGAAAAUAGGUCAUUUGUUCAUUGUAACUCAUAAUAUCUCUUAUUAUUACAAUUAAGAAACAUUGUCUCCAUCAAAAAAUAAAAUGCCGGGGUUGGUUUUAAUUAUGUACACUUUUGAGUACUAUAACAAUAGUAUGUGACUUUUUCAAUAGCAUGCAUUAAUGUAUUUUUGCAAGCACAAUCUUUCUGUUGUAAAUGUAAGAGACACACUUCGCCUCUUCUGCCUUUAUGUUCACUUGCUCUUUAAAGGAAUUGUUUUGUUGAUGCUUAAAAACAAUACAAAAAAAGAUGUGCAUACGAAUGUAAGUGAAACAUCUCAUUUUACUUUUGUUAAAAUACAUUUAAGUCCAGUUUUAUAUUGAAUUGAUUGAUUACAAAUCAAACGCCAACCCUGAUAUUUGAAGAUUAAUAUCUGUUUUAUGAGAUUUUAUGAGUUUUAUGAGAUUUGUGAUUGCAAAAGAAACUGGAAUGGUGUUCUCAUUCUGAUAUGUGGUGUUAAUGUGUUGUGUAGGUCCUUUUGUCUAUUAAUAUGAACGAAAUGUAAAUUUUGUCAUUCGUAAAAAAGACAUAAAAUCUUAGGAACACCAUGUCUUACUUUGGUCUGUGUUAAAAUCUAUCGAGGCUAUCGAGGGGCAAACACAAAAUAAAGGAACAAACUGUAUACUUAUCUGAUCAAGUACCACCUUAUAUGGAUGCUGAGCACAAAUUUGCCCCAUUCACUACUGUUGUAAUGCAUUGCCAAUUGUCUUGCCUGCAUGCUGCUUUUGUUUGUAAAUAGUUUUAUUUGCCUUUAUUAUGUUUUACUUGUGUAAAGAAAUGUUCUUUAAUUUAUUGUACUAAUUAUUUAUGUACACGUUGAAUGUUUUUGAUUUUAAUGAGCAGUAUUAUGGUAGAUGAAGGGCAUUUUUGAUUAGUCACAAUCCUAUCUUACUGUACAUGUGAAUUAUGUCAAAAUAGUGUAACUUAAAAAGAUGCUUUAGUGAAUAUGAAAUGUGAUCAACUUUAUCUAGGUGUAUAUUUCUACUCAUAGCACUUUCAUCGCCAUGGUUUAUGGCCAUCCUUACAGGACUUGCUGGGUGACGGUGGCUUUGGGUAUAUUUUGUGAACUCUGAUACGAAGUGGAGAGAGAUGAGAGAUGUUGGCAUUCUUAUCUAUGAGUUCUGUAAUGAAAUGAACUCUGAAAAUGAAGGGGUUUUAUUUUGUAAAGGAUUUUUUUUACUUUUUCAGAACUGGAAUAAUUCACAAGCCCUGACAUCAUUAUUCAUGGGAGAAGUCUACAUGUUGAUUAGUUUGCUUGCUAAUCCCACGAUGUUAAGUGCUUGAUAUUUCUGCAUUUUUUCUAUCCUCCUUUCUUGAUGUUGUAUCUGUUCUUAAAUACAUGACUGUGACACUGUUUGUAGUUGAUAGAUGGUUGUACUUUUGAGUAAAUUAAGACUUGAAGAAAAAUAGAAAAACUCGUGGUUCUGUGAUUAAAUGGAGCGACAAAAAGAGAAAAUGUUCCUCCCUUUUACAGAGUAGUUUGUAAAUGUUGAGUGUAUUCUUAUGAUGGUUCCACUGAUGAUCUCAUUUGUGUUUCUGUAUACACUUUGGUGAUCCUGUCAUAUUUGGGUUUUAUAAACCACGCUUAUUUUUAAAACCUUCA